GCAUGCGCAGCUGUGCCGCGCCGGCGACGUGGAGGCGGGCGGGGACCGUGAGGGGCCGUGAGGGGACCCGGGAGCGGCACGGGCCGAGGCACCCUGCUACUGACCCCGCCACCGACCUCGGGCCAGCGCAUGGACGAAAUGAAAAUUUAGAAAAACCUUUGCCAAAUAAAGAAGAUGGGAGCAAAUAGCAGCAGCAUCAGUGAGCUUCCAGAAAAUGAGUACUUACAGAAACUGUCAGGAUCAGAGCCCAUCUCUGAGAAUGACCCGUUCUGGAAUCAGCUUCUGUCCUUUAGCUUCACCACUCCAACAAACAGCGCUGAUUUAAAGCUCUUGGAAGAAGCCACAAUCUCAGUCUGCAAGUCUUUAGUUGAGAAGAAUCCUCGAACAGGAAACCUUGGAUCAUUGAUUAAGGUCUUUCUUUCUCGAACCAAAGAGUUAAAAAUUUCAGCAGAAUGUCAGAACCACCUCUUUAUCUGGCAGGCUCACAAUGCACUGUUCAUUAUUUGCUGUUUGCUGAAAGUAUUCAUCAGUCGAAUGUCAGAAGAGGAGCUGCAACUUCAUUUUACUUAUGAAGAGAAAGCAGGACCAAGCUCAUAUGGAGCGGAGUGUGAAGACCUCAUAGAAGAGUUGCUGUGUUGUCUCAUCCAGCUCAUUGUUGAAAUUCCCCUCUUGUACCCCUGUCAGCACACAGACAGUAACUGGUGGAAAUGGUUGUGCUCAUGGUACAGGGGAAGGUACAGUGGAGGUGUCACUUCAGCUCUGGGGUAUGCAGUAAGAGAUAUUACAUACAGCAUUUCUUUGGAAGCCGUGACAACUCUCAUUGUGUUCCUCUCCUGCCAAUUAUUCCACAAAGAGAUUCUGCGAGAGAGCAUCAUUCACAGAUACCUGAUGCAUGGUCGAUGUCUCCCAUACACCAGCAGACUUGUGAAAACUUUGCUGUAUAAUUUCAUUAGACAAGAGAGAAGCCCUCCUCCAGGGACCCACGUCUUUCAGCAGCAAACAGAUGGAGGAGGACUGCUCUAUGGAAUUGCAUCUGGGGUGGCAACUGGCCUCUGGACAGUGUUCACGCUGGGUGGGGUGGGCAGCAAAGCGUCGGCACAGCUGGAGCAGUGCUCCCCUCUGGCCAGCCAGAGCCUGCUGCUGCUGCUGGUCCUGGCCAACCUGACUGACACUCCAGACACCCCAAACCCCUACAGGCAAGCCAUCAUGUCCUUCAAGAACACACAAGAUAACACUGCUUUUUCGUCAUCAAAUCCACAUGCUUUCCAGAUUAACUUUAACAGUUUAUACACAGCUUUAUGUGAUCAGCAGAAAUCUGAUCAAGCCACUCUUCUCUUAUACAUGCUUCUGCAUCAGAACAGCAACGUGCGCACCUACGUGUUGGCACGGACAGACAUAGAGAAUCUGGUUCUGCCAAUUCUUGAAAUCCUGUAUCACGUUGAAGAAAGGAAUUCACACCACGUGUACAUGGCCCUUAUAAUUUUGCUGAUCCUCACGGAGGAUGAUGGCUUCAACCGAUCCAUUCAUGAAGUGAUACUGAAAAACAUUACUUGGUAUGCUGAACGUGUCCUAACAGAGAUCUCACUUGGGAGUCUUCUGAUACUGGUUGUGAUAAGAACCAUCCAGUACAACAUGACACGGACAAGGGACAAAUACCUCCACACAAAUUGUCUGGCAGCCUUAGCAAAUAUGUCGGCACAGUUCCGCUCGCUUCAUCAGUAUGCUGCUCAGAGGAUCAUCAGUCUAUUUUCUCUGUUGUCUAAAAAACACAACAAAGUGCUGGAGCAAGCCACGCAGUCCUUGAGAGGUUCCUUGGGUUCAAAUGACUCUCCACUUCCUGAUUAUCACUUUUGGGAGAUGUCUGAUUGCCUUCACUUCUCUGAAACAAAGUUGAGACACGCACAGGACCUGAAUGUGAUUGAGGAAGUGAUCCGAAUGAUGCUGGAGAUCAUCAACUCCUGCCUGACCAACUCCCUCCAUCACAACCCCAACCUGGUGUACGCUCUGCUCUACAAGCGCGAUCUGUUCGAGCAGUUUCGGACUCACCCCUCCUUCCAGGACAUCAUGCAAAAUAUAGACCUGGUGAUCAGCUUUUUCAGCUCCCGAUUAGAGCAAGCUGGAGCUGAGCUGUCAGUGGAGCGAGUUCUGGAAAUCAUCAAGCAAGGAGCUGUUGCUUUGCCCAAAGACAGGCUAAGAAAGUUCCCCGAGCUGAAGUUUAAGUACGUGGAGGAGGAGCAGCCUGAGGAGUUCUUCAUCCCCUACGUGUGGUCCCUGGUGUACAACUCUGCCGUGGCCCUGUACUGGAACCCCCGUGACAUCCAGCUCUUCACCAUGGACUCGGGCUGAGGGACACCCCGGCCAGGCCAGCCCCGCUCCAUCUUACAGGAGUUGAACCUCUGCACCCCUUCCAACCUGACCCCCUCCAACUGCCCCCAUGACCCCAGAGCCAGUGUUCAGCCCAGCCUCAUGCUGGGACAGACUGGCGUGGGGCACUGAUGGCUUGUAGGCAACCUUGUGUUUAUAGUCCGUAACCUAGAGCUUGUUUGAUGAAAAUGAGGCCUUACACAUGGGGUAUGAUGUUACUACCAACCACAAACCUGAUUGUCCUUUUAACUUAACAGGCUAAAUGAGAUUGCAGGCUUUGAUUUGGAAGCAGUGUUUGUAUUUUUGGCUCUUCGGAGCGGGCAGCUUCCUUGGGUCAAGCUUUUUAUGGUCUCUUGGAUGCUGCUGCGGGGUGCUCGUUACCUAAUCCUGGUUUCCACUCACAGCCCUUCGUUUCUGUGGCACUGUCAAGGCUGCAGCCCUUAAAUUGCUGUCUACGCUGUCAUCCGAGGGAACUAAGCAAGCAGCAUCUUAAUCAGGUUAGCUCCCAGGCAGAUUCAAAACACUUGAUUUAGGUGUUUGUGGGAGGAUUUUCAAUAGCAAGUCUUCAGUUGCUGUUGUUGUUGUUUGACUGACAAAUACUCUCCAGAGGGCAAGAAACACCUGCUUUCGGAGUCAAGUCCCUGACAGACUUGUUUUUCUGUGCUCCUGUGCAAAAUUGUUCCUGGAAAUUGAACGUGUAAGGGAAGGGGGGAAAAAAAAGUCCAAAGAAAAUAAUUACAAGAUUGUAAAAUAGACCAGUGUCCUGUAAAUCUGUACGUAAUGGUGACAGUGUGUUUUGGGGAUCCUUGACAAAGCUCUGUGUUGAAAACCUCCUCUUGGCUUUUAAAGUUUUAUGGCAGAAGUAUAAAUUUAUCUGAAUGUAGAAUACUACUCUCUUUUUUGGUUGUUUUCAAGUGCCCUUUCCUGAUAUACCUGUUUCAGCAGUGGGAAAAGCAAAAGAUGUGGUGUGAUUUUGAAAGAAAUCUCAUUUUUCAAAGUGGGGAUCAUAUUUUGGGGAUGCCUGUUGCACACACGUGCACCCACUCUCCUCGUCCCACAUGCUGCUGUGGGGGGGACUGUCAGCAGUGCAUUGCAUGCCAAAACUUCAGUUUCAAGGAAUUAGUUCUUGAAGAUGCGUGGCAACCCUCUGUAUUCACUGCCUGCUCCAGCAUGUUCUGUUUGUUGACCUGAGGAAUCGGGUACGUUUGCUUUCAGAAAGUCCUUUGAAUGGCUUUAAAUAGAAUUUCUUGCACCGUUUCAUCCCUCUGAAGGAUGUGCUAAGAUUGUACUUCCCUUUUAUCUGCUUAUUUAGAGACAGAAGUCCAUUUGAGUCCUACACAAAUGGAGAUGCUGGCUUAUAAAAAAAAAAGAAAAAAAAAAGCUUUCCAAAUUUAUUUAAAUAUAGCUGCAAAGGGAUAUAUAGAACCCAUGAGCAUUUAGGGCUUUGAAAUGGCAGAAGCUUUUGAGAAAAGACGAUGGUAAGACUGGAGAUGCAGUGUUUUCUUAGGCAAAUAGGAGAAAUUAAUGAACCAUGACUGAGCUGCACAUAAGUUGAUCUGUAUUUUGGAUUUAUUCUGUUUUGUUUUGGUCUUUGAGCAAACGUCAAAAGGGGAUAACUAUUCUUGGUUACUGUAGUGAUUUGUAAUUUUGUCUUUAUUAAAAGACUAAGAGUGUUUGUGAGUCAACAGGGCUGCCCAGAUUUGUAAAGGUCAGUCUGAAGAUGCACUUUUAAACCGUGGAUUCUAAAGCUGCUGGGCUGGCUCAAUGUUCGUCUGUUUUAAACACUCCGGGAUGAGCAGAACCAGAGAGGCCCUGCCAGGGCAGACACUGCUCAGGCAGGUGUCAGACUGCAGAAAACCUGAUUUGUCUGUGAAAGGGCUUUUUACAAGAGAGGAGCACAUAAAGCAGCAGUCUGAUAGGAAAGGUCCAAAGCUGCUGAACCAUCAUCGGCAUCACACAGAAAAUUCUCUCUCGCUGUCCUUCCAUUGUGGUGGCACUGAGGUGCAGAGGGUUUGUUCUGAUGGCAUAAUUUCCUUGUGUGUUUUAUGAAAUACCCUGCUCCUGGGUCCCAGCUGGUUUGGAACAGAUGAAGUUACCACCUAAAGCCAAAACAGCAGAGCCAGACCAAGACUUAGGCAGAAAUUCAUGCUGGCCCCAUUGGCUCUCCCAAGAGCUGGAGUGUGACGUGGACCUGGCAGUGUCCUGACAUCUGCAGUCUGGUAUGGUCACAAAUACUCUGUUUUUCCUUCACCUUAGGGAUCCUUUUCAUUACUUUGUGUGAAAGAUUUAUUAUGCGUAAUUACAAAAAUAAAAAAAGAUUAAAAGAUGUAAAAAGUAAA